AUGGGCCGUCACACCCUCGAGUACCCCAAAACGAAAACAAACACCGUCCGCCGCAAAUCCGACCGCGCAAGCUACGCCCUCGAAGCAAUCCACUCCCUCAUCAACUCCUCUCCCCUGCUCAACGUCGCCUUCAACACCCCGGACAAUGACUCCCCCUUCCCGACCAUCCUGCCCAUGAUCGGCCACAUGGGCUCCUUUGACCGUCCCAGCGCGGACCUCGGCGACCCUCUCGAUCUCUACCUCCACGGCUACGUCUCCUCCCGCAUGAUGAACCUCGCCCGCUCCUCAUCAUCCUCCUCCUCUUCUUCUCCUCAGGAUAAGGAGCAAGAGCAAGAGCAAGGCCUCCCCGUCUGCAUCUCCGCCUCCCACGUCGACGCCCUCAUCCUCGCCACAUCCCCCUUCAACCACUCCUACAACUACCGCUCCGCCACCCUCUUCGGCCACGCCACGCUCGUCACCGACGACGCGGAGAAGCUCUACGCCAUGGAGCUCAUCACCAACGGCGUCGUCCCCGACCGCUGGCGCACCUCCCGCCAGCCCCCGACGCCCGCCGAGAUGCAGAGCACCAGCAUCCUCAGAGUGAGCAUCUCCUCCGGCAGCGCAAAGUUUCGCGAUGGCGGCGUGCAUGAUGAUAGGCAUGAUUUGGAAGACGCGGAUGCCCAGGGGAAAGUCUGGACGGGCGUUUUGCCGGUCUUUUCGAGGAUUGGCGACCCUAUUCCUACCGAGUACAAUAAGGUUGAUACGCCGGCGAAUGUGACGGAUUUUGUGAGGGAGUAUAAUAAGCAGAAUGAGGAGUAUGUUCUUGCGGCUGCGAAGAAAUAG